AUGGCGAAACCAGGCUUGUCUGCGGCGGUGCUGCUGCUCCUGCUGGGCUUCCUCUCGGUGUCCUCCGUUCGAGCCGACACUCUGCUGUCAGCUCCACUCAAUGUGACCAUCAGAGACAUUGAGGUAAACUCUGCUGUGGUCACAUGGGAGAUCUUGGAGGGGGACCCUGUCAUUGGAUUCGCCAUCACCCAACAGAAAAAGGAUGUACGCAUGCUGAGGUUCAUCCAGGAAGUCAACACCACCACGCGCUCCUGUGCAUUGUGGGAUCUGGAUGAGGACACGGAGUACAUUGUUCACGUUCAGAGCAUCAGCAUGGGAGGAAGCAGCCCACCCAGCGAGCCAGUCCUCUUCAGAACGCCCAAAGAGUCGGAGAAAAUGGCAUCCAAGAGCCCAGACGAGGUGACGAUGGAGGAGGUUGGGCAGGCUGCUCAGCUGAGGGCUGGAGAACUCAUCAUCAUUGUAGUGGUGCUCAUCAUGUGGGCAGGGGUGAUCGCCCUGUUUUGUCGUCAGUAUGACAUCAUCAAAGACAACGAGCCCAACAACAACAAGGACAAAGCCAAGAACUCCUCUGAGUGCAGUACUCCAGAGCACCCACAGGGGGGGCUACUGCGCAGUAAUGUCUGA